AUGGCGCGCCAGAACACAUUUACCGUCAUUCCGCAGGUUCAGCGCUACAAUGCCGACAAUGCGACCCCCACGCGGCCGAUGACGUCCAAACAAGUGCGCAAUGCGUACAGGGCCGCCAGCAAGACUCCAACCAUGACGCGCGCCGAGCGAAUCAAGUGGGAGCGUGAAGAGCAGGACCGUAUUAGUAAAGAGUUUGAAAAGGAAAAAGCGGCGGCGAAAGCGCGCGCGGCUAGGGAAAGGAAAAAGGAAAAGGAAAUGCAGCAACGCGAGGAGAAGCGUCGAAACGGGUUGCCCUUGGUGAAUGUUCGUCCCAGUCAGGAUACUAUUGCAAGAUUCGUCCGCGGGAAUGGCUCAAAGAAAAAGAGAGAUGCGGAGGGUCUAGUGAUGACAGCGGCGCCUGAGGCCCCGCUGGGGAGCUCGGCGGAUCGAGACGUUGCGAAUGUGGCAAUUCUAGGAGUGAAUCCUACAGCAUUGGGGUCAAUAUUGGAAGCGGAAGAUAAUGAAGAAGAAAAGAAAACGUCACAAGAUAUACUACGCAACGAAUUGGCACGACCGAACAAAGAGCAUUCUCCUGCCGAAUAUAAUAUACCCGCCGAGCCCGAUCAAAUGACGAUACAUUCCGAAGAAGCGGCCAUCGAGCAGACAGAAACACCGAUUGAUGUACUUUUAGAGAAUCAUGAUGUCGGUGUCAGUCGUCGAGAACCUAUAGAACGGGCCACAUUUGACGCAGCGCUUGAGGUAGUCCCCGCGGACGAGGCGGGAAAGCUCUUUAAUGCAAACCCACGUGGCCAUAGAACGGAAGGAUCGGUCGAGUAUCGUGUGGAGAGGGCAGCUGAGUUGAUAACACCGCAAGACUUCCUUGAUGAAGAGAUCAACACGGACAUGCUGGAAGAAAUAGACGAGCUUCUCAGUGGGGUUCAGACACCCGCAGAGCCGCAGUCGGUGCGACCAUAUCCACGGACCAGUUAUACAAUAGCGAACACAUCCGCAAACGCCUUACAAUAUAAAGAGCCACAAAAUAUAGCAGAAUGUGGCUCAAAAACCGUUCAACAAGACAAGGGAAAAUCCCCUUCGCAGGGCAGGGUCGAGAUCCUAUCAUCGCCAUACCGGGCGCGACAGACGGUACCACCGGCGGGUACGCAAGCUAUCUUAAUCAAUCUGGAUGAGUUCUUCCCAACAUCUUCGCAGCAACUCCGCGAGCUUGAAGAGGAACAAGUGCAAAGACAGCAGGACGUCACGCUACAGGCGUCAGCACUCGAUGUACAAGCUGGCACGACAGCCAACGGGAAUACAGAGCUCAGACGUGACUCGCGUCCUGGACCAAUCGCAAAUGCAAAAUCUGAAAUGGGGGCUCUCGAGCCUGACUUUGGCUCAUUCCCCUCCACCGCGCACUUUUCGCUCUCAGACUUCUCCCCGUUUGCGCAAUCACCGCGUCAAAUAAGACAACUGCAUGAAACAGCAGCAAACGCAUCUACCCAGCUAGUCUCCAUGCCAGAGCCGGCUGCUUCUACUCCUUCGCCACAGCUGCAAUCCUCCCGCUUCUUCACGUCCUCUAGCUACCGUGAGCAGCUGUCGCUCGCUUUGCAGCGCAGCCGGCGCUCCGCCGCUCUCGAAAAGAUUCAGGAAAAGGAGCGCCAGCGACAGGAAGCAGGGCUCCUGAUGCAACGUAGCAUCUGCAACGACGAAGCCUGGCGACAGCCAGCGUCCCCGGUACGGUCACGCAAUAAAUUGGAUCAGAACAAGACCUCACCAGGUAGCAGAGUGGCUGCGGUGCACCAGGCGGAUAAGGAAAAUGUGCAGCCAGAAAUGCAAUGCUCCCAGGAGACAGAGUAUGGUGGAGACUGGGUAGAGACUGCGGCAUGGGAUCUAGCGCUUUGCUAG